CCCUCCCGGCUCGUGGUCCCAGCGCCGCACCGCUGCCGGGCCUCAGUGACAGCGGGGCCGGGGCGUGCAGCGGCACGGCGGUCCGGCCGGAAACAGCUUCCGGGGCUGCUCGGCCGGCGAUUGGCUCGGCGCGCGGGGGCGGGGCGGGGCCCCGUGGGCCGGAGGGAGGCUUCGCGGCCUCGGGAAGGCCCCUCUCCUCUUCCCCACGCCCUCUGCUCCUACCUGGGUAGGUGGCAUCCCCGUGGAGAGACGGAACGGGCCGUUCCAGAGUAAGAGUUGUACCCGGAUCCCGAGGCCCAAGGACACAGCGCUUCCGGUCGAGUGGAGAUCCGGCUCCGGGCCUUGGGGCUGAGACUGGGGGCUAAGUCAUCUGGGUUCAUAUCUUCGGUGCCACCCUCAACCCGUAAUUCCGACUCACCCCACAAAUUGUAUUUUGUACUCCUAGGGAAGAUUUCAAAAGCUUUUUGGUUCUUCAAUGACUUCCUUGGUAGCUUAUGACGAUUCCGACUCUGAGGCUGAGGCCGACAAUUCUAACAGUUCUUGCCAAGAAAAAAGGAUCAGAAACUUUGGUCAGCCUUUACCAUGUGACACAUUAGCUACAAACAACCCACAACCUAGGUGGGGCAACCUGAAUACUGGUUUGGGCAUUGUUGAGGAAUAUUCUAGGGUAUGUGGUCUCCUAGAACCUCAGGCAGAAAGAAACACCUGGAAGUCUUGUCCAGGGCCUAGAUGUCAGUGGCCUAACACGGAGCUCCAAGUCAAACCCUGCACAUUCACACCUUCAGAUUUCCCCACAUCUCCCAGCUCCACAUCAUCUGGGAAUAGAGAGUUGGCAGGUGCAUCUGUUGGCAAAAUGAGGCCUUCGUGUGAAGCUUUCAGAGUCCCCAAUUCAUCUUCCUGUGCUUUAAUGUCUUUGGAAGCCACGAGUCAACAUGGAAGCCUUUUGCAAAAGAGAAGAUGGGAGAACAUGGAUUUUGUCAAAGGAGGAAUUAAGCCUUACAUCCCCAAAAGACUGAGACAAACACAAACUUUAACUGCAGGAACUAGUGAGAGAGGAGGAUCUGAGCUACAAAGACAAAGAACAGAUUGCCCAUCCUUCUCAGAAGGAUUCCCCAUGAGAGAAUGCACAGCCACAGUAGUUUCUGACUUUAUUAAGCCGUAUUUAGAUGGAAAGUAUAAAUCGACAGAAAUUCCGAAGAAGGUAAUCUUUCAGAUGUCUGAGCAUGGAGGACCAGUCAACAGUGUCCAGUGGUGUCCAGUUUUACAGCACAGUCACAUGCUUCUCUCAGCUUCUAUGGAUAAAACUUUCAAGGUAUGGGAUGCCAUAGAUACAGGUCACUGUUUGAACACCUAUUCUUCUCACAGCGGUGCUGUCCGUGCUGCGCAGUGGUCCUCCUUUGGAAGACAGAUCCUCAGUGGUGGCUUUGAUUCUGAGCUUCAUGUGACGGAUGUUGAAACGGGAACACAGUUACUUAGCUGCAAAAAUGAAUUUAGAAUCAGCACCGUGAAAUUUAAUCCAAAUGAGCCUAAUGUUUUUCUUUGUGGAGGAUUCAGCCCAGAAAUUAAAGCUUGGGAUAUGAGGAGUUGCAAGGUAAUCAAAGUCUACAAAGCUUCAGUCCAGCAAACCUUAGAUAUCCUCUUUCUUCGUGGUGGAAACGAGUUCCUGAGUAGCACAGACUCUGUAAGUCGGGAUUCUGCCGAUCGCACCAUCAUUGCGUGGGACUUCCAUAGUGCCGCCAAGGUCUCUAAUCAGAUCUUUCAUGAGCGGUUUACCUGUCCUAGCCUCACCCUGCACCCAAAGGAAUCUCUUUUUGUGGCCCAGACAAAUGGAAACUAUAUGGCAUUGUUUUCAGCACUGAGGCCAUACCGGAUAAAUAAAAGGAAACGUUAUGAAGGACACAAGGUAGAAGGCUAUGCUGUGGCCUGUGAGUGCUCUCCGGACGGGGGCAUUUUAGUGACUGGCAGCGCUGACGGCAAUGUCUUUUUCUACAAUUAUCAUAACCCAAAGAUCAUUUGUACUUUUCCUGCACAUAGUCAUGCAUGUGUUGGCACUACGUUCCACCCACUUCUUUCCUCUGUUCUAGCAACAUGUGACUGGAGUGGGAAGAUUAAAGUCUGGCAGUAAAGGGAGACCUGUGUGUGUGUGUGUGUGUGUGUGUGUGUGUGUGUGUGUGUGUAUGUAUGUGUGUGUGAUUUUUUCAAAAAAGAAGCUGGUCAAGCCUCCAGGGGCACUGAAGCACUGUGGUUGUCUCACAGGGCUGUUGGAGUAUUGGGAGAUUUUUUGUUUUUGUUUUUGUUUUUUUUGGUUGUUUUUGCUUUAUAAAUAAUUCAUGAGUAAAUAUUUAGUGGUGCUUAUUAAAGAAUCCUGACUUGGAGUUAGAAGAUAUGGGUUGAAUUCUAGCUCUGCCAUUUACUAGCUGUACACCUUGAACAAGUUAUUUCAGUUUCAUUCAACAACCAUUUAUCUUAGCACCUGAUAUGUAAGGCACUGUACUUGGUACUGAGGGAGAAGAAAGGGGAAAAAAAAUGGCACCCUCCUUGUUCUCAAAGGAUUUUUUGUUCUUGUGAGAGGUACACAAAUAAGAGCAGCUAAGGAAGAGGAGGGUUUGCUGGUAGAGAGAACCAAGAUGUGCAGGUGGGAAAGGUUUUGGGUUUUUGUUUGUUUGUUUGUUUGUUUGUUUUUGGGUGGUGAGGGAUAAAUAAGUAUGACAUGAUGUGGAAUGUAAUAGAGCACAUUUUGGACCUCAGUUUCUUAAUUUAUAAAAUGGAGAUCUUCAUAAUUAUACUACCUGCCUGAAAAGAUUGUUGUACAUAAAGUCUUCUGUGAAUUAUAGAAAUGGGAGUUAGAACUAUUAUUAUUAUAGAAGUGUUUUAGUCAAUAGAUAAUGAGACAGGAAAGGAAAUGUGUACAAUUGAACUAGCGUCAUGGGGAUAGCCUUGGAUGUGGGAGUCAGUGGACCUGGGUUCUAUUCCUGACUCUACUAUAUAUUACUUUUAUGAGCUUAAAUUAAAAUUAUUUAGUUAAUUAUUACUUACCUGAGCUUAGACAAGUCAUGGGUCUUAGUUUCCUUAUUUAUAAUAUGAGAUAUUUGAGGGCUGGCUUCAGAGAAGGAUCGAGAAAAUAUACCUCCCUCUCUUCUUUGUAGACGUGGGGGACUAUGGGAAUUAACUAACUACCCAUUUGCAUGUAAGCUCUGUGGGAGUAUCAGUUUAUUUUUGUGCCUCUAGCACCUAGAAUGGGACUUAGGUUUCAAGCUAGGUGCUUAUUUAUUGAUUGAUUGAGGAAUAUCAUAUACCAAGUCAGAAGUGGUUGAUGUGUUGAUUUUACAGAUUUUACAGAAUUAUUUUUUUUUCUAUUUUAAUCUACUACAAAGAAUGACCCACUAGCUUCAGGGUUGUGAUAGGUAGAGGGAUAUAUUUAAAAAUAAAGGUGAUAUAAACAAAAAAUAUAAAAAUAAUUUAAAAUCCACAUCUUCAAAAUUAAUACUAAAGGACAAAAAAGAAAAUAAAGAUGUAGGUUUUUUAAAAAUGAGGAGAUUGACCUGGACCAUCUCUAAACCUGGGGACAUUAGCCUGCCUACUCAGCUGAUUUCAGCCACAAAUGUAUAAGUGUCAAGAUUGAUCACUUCACUAAGUACUUUCAUAUUCAGUGUCUCUUUUGGCUGCACACCAGCCCUAUGAGGCUAAAAGGGAAUGGUCGCUUUCCUUAUAUUUUUAAAUAAGGAAAUUAAGGCUCAGACACAUGAAAUAAAUGGAGUAGACUGUAUCAGAAGGUAUUGAGUUCCCUCUAACUAGAAGUCUUCAUGCAGAUUCUGUUGGAAAUGUUGCUGAGGGGAUUUAUGAUUCAGACAAGAUUGGGACUAGAUGUCUUCUGAGGUGUCUUCUAGUUUUGAGAUUUUGUGAUUCUAAGUGACUUGGCCACAGUCACAUGUCAUAAGUAGCAAAAGCAAGAUUUGAAUGUGGGUUUUCUAACACCUAGUCUAGCGCUUCUUGCCCUCUCUCCUCUCUCCUCUCUUCUCUCCUUUUCUCUGCCCCUCUCCCUCUAACCUAUAGUAUUCAUAUGGCCUCUCAAAUGUAGGACAAUGGAAUUUAGAUCUGGAAGAACCUUAGAAGUUGUCUAAUCCAACCCCCUUGUUUUAUAUGGAGCAGAGCUCUAAGGCCCAGGUUAAGUGAUUUGCCCACAGUCAUUCAGGUAGCAAGUUGUAGAGUUGGGAUUCAAACCCAGGUCCUUUAACUUUAAAUCCAGGGUUCUUUUUACUGUACUAGUGAAGAAAAUAAAGACAUAUAAUAGCAACACGUACAGAUGCACUCAGGGAUUUAGGGAAAAAAAUCUGUCAAGAAAAAAAAUGAAUGUAUACAUAGUGAGGAUAUAAUAAGGCAGCAGAAAAUCUAUC